AUGUUGGCAAUGGGGAAAUACAAGUCUGGUGUUGAACCCUAUAUGCGCGAUGGCAUGUCGGAUGAAUUCCGUGAGUCAAUGACUGCGCUGCUUGAUGAUCUGUACGCCCAAUUGCUGAACCACAUCGCUGAGAGUCGAGAAGGCAUCACUGAAGAGAGUGCAUCGGAUUUGAUAAAUCGUGGUCCGUUCACAGCAGAAGAAGCAAAGCAGGAAAAAUUAGUUGACGCUUUGCAAUACUACGACGAAUUAGUGACGGCGCUAAAAGCUGCAUCUGAAGACGAAGAGGUACAGGUCGUCAAGCCGAGUUUUGAACGUAAGCGGACGGUCCCCGAUAUGAAUAGUUUAGCUGGACUUAUGCAGCUGUUCAGUAUGUUGAAUCCACCUCAGCGUGCGCGUGCUGCUGGCGAGAAUCAGAUCGCGCUUAUCUAUGCCAGCGGCCCCAUUUUACCCGAUAUUGAUUCGCCUUUCAUCUUAAUGUCAGCGAUUACGCCGGACGCAUUAAAGAAGGCAUUUCAGAAAGCACGCACCGACGAUUCCGUUCGGGCAGUCGUGCUACGUAUAGACAGUCCUGGCGGUUCUGCACUCGCUUCUGACUUGAUUUGGCGAGAGGUGAUGCUCACACAACGCGAGAAACCGGUUGUGGUUUCGAUGGGGAAUGUUGCUGCCUCUGGUGGUUACUAUAUAGCGAUGGCAGCCGGAACGAUUGUUGCACACCCCAGUACACUGACGGGUUCAAUCGGUGUAUUCGGCGGUAAACUGAAUCUGAAGGGACUUUAUAACAAAGCCGGUUUGACCAAGGAGAUUAUCUCACACGGGCAGAACGCCACCCUCUAUUCGGACUACGGCGGUUUUACACCGACCGAGCGGGAACGCGUCGGAAAGAUGAUGAAAACCGUCUAUGAAGAUUUUGUCAGCAAGGCGGCAGCGGGCAGAGGUAAGUCCUUUGACGACAUUGAUGAGAUCGCACAAGGACGUGUCUGGACAGGUAAACAGGCGAAGGAGAUCGGGCUCGUUGAUGAACUCGGGGGGCUUGAUACUGCGCUGUCUAUUGCCAAGGAACAGGCAGGGUUCGCUGAGGACGACAAAGUUAAUCUUAUCAUUUUACCAAAGCAGCGUCCCCUUUUUGAACAGCUAAUGGAGCAGAUACUUGAAGAUACGGAGGGUUCAAUUCAGCUUCCGCUACAAUUGGCAUCAAGUCAUCCUCUGCUGUCUAUGUUAGGGACGCAGUCGCAGCAUAUCAUUACGUGGCUGAGCCUGUUUGGUUUUGAAGAUGGAACACAAAUCGUGACAAUCUUACCUUAUGAUAUUUUAAUUCGGUGA